CGCCCGCACCUCGCCAUGCGAACACGCUCACCACAUGGCGCGUCGCCUGGCGCUGCUUGCGCUGCUGGCGUGCGCAGCAGUCGCGAACUGUCUGCCUUUACGAUCCGCCGAGACUUCCGACUCGGAAUCUUAUGACCUCGUGUUGUUGGACGAUUAUGAUGAGUCUCUUGAAAAAACUCUUCCGACACAUAUCACCAUCAAGCCAAAAAACAAAGUGAUAAUACGCAAUAAAGUUCCCAAGUUCAAUGUGACAAAGAAAAAUAAUAAAAGUAGUGAAAAAGUUCGCGUUAUUAAAACUACAAUCAACAUUUCAAGUCAAACAAAUUUUAUUGUGACUAAGCCUCCUCGAGUAAUCGAAGAAGUAUCUAGUGUGAUACCGCGUCAUCCUAAUGCGACGUUUACGAAUGUAAGUGAUCAUCAAUUAGUGGUAAGUAUUGCAAGCCAGACGUCGAGACCAAGCACAAAAAAAACGCUGAAACCUCGGCCAACGAGCCCUCGACGCCCGCCCACGACUGCGCGCCCAAAAACCACUACGACGACGAAGCGACAACGUACAACCACGACACGUCGUUCGACUACGCAUCGGACUUUAAAAACAACUAAAAAGAGUUGUCCACAAAAACACUUGAACUGGAUAUCAAAAUAUAUUCAUGAAAAAAACGUAAAGAAAACUCCGAAAAAUGAAGAGAAAUCAGGUUGGUUUGUAGGUUUGUUCUCCAAGCUGUUAAGUUGGUUUGCAGAGUCGAAAUCUAGUUGGUUUUAUGGUGGAUGGUUCAAUAACUUCCCAAGUACAACGACACCAUAUCCUACGUCUGCCUCGACAGACGCUUGGUUUCAAAAUUUUGUUGAUUCUGAAGAUGUCCAUAUUUCGACUGCGGCAAGUGAAAAAUUAAAAAAGUCUACGAAAAAAUCUCUCAAGAAAACAUACAAGGGCUACCAAUUGAUACGAACAUAUCCAGACACGCAAUGGAAGGUGAAUUCAUUAUUAGACUUACAGGAAGAAGCAGAAGGGUCCGGUCUAAUGUGGUGGACAUCUCCAUCUCUGAAUGGUUCAACGGAUUUGCUCGUUCCACCAGAUUUAUUUAUAGAUGUUAAAAAUCAUUUAAAAUCUUAUAAAAUAGAGUUUGAGAUAAUUAUUUUGGAUCUACAGAAAUCCAUCAUGUAUGAAAAUCCUAAACUUUCGAAGAAACAGCGUCUUGAACUGGAACAUUUACACGGACAUCCAAUGACGUGGAGGCGGUAUCAUCGCUAUGCCGAUAUACUGAGAUAUCUAGAAUAUCUUCAACAUUCGUAUGCGGAUAUAGUGGAACUAGUACCGAUGGGUCUAUCUUCGGAAGGACUACCUCUUGUGGCUGUUAAGGUAUCCUUACCAACAAACAAUACUCAAAAAGAUACGCCUGGCAAGUCUCCAAAAAAAAAGUGGAAGCUACGUUCACACAUGAAGCCGGCCGUCUGGUUGGACGGCGGCGCUCAUGCUAGGGAGUGGAUAGCACCUGCAGUCACAACAUGGAUGUUACAUAAUUUAAUUGAAGGUGAUAAAAGAUUAGGUGCCGAUCGUGAAAUUCUUGAUGUAGCGGAUUUUUAUAUCAUGCCCGUGGUAAAUCCGGAUGGCUACGAGCAUUCGCAUACACAUGAUCGACUUUGGAGAAAAACACGUUCAAGAAAUCCCGACCAUUCGGAUGAUUACUUCGUCGGUUGGUUUCCUUGGAACUGGGGUCGCACGGAAUGCGUAGGUGUGGAUGUGGACCGUAAUUGGGAUUACCACUGGGGUGAAAGGGAUGCUUCGAAUGAUCCUUGCGCAGACAAUUAUGCUGGUCCCCAUCCAUUUAGUGAGCCAGAGACGCGCGCAGUUUCGGAGUUCUUGGCUGAUCACAGAGGACAGAUAAAGGUUUAUAUAUCUUUGCACGCGUACUCGCAAGCAUGGUUGCUACCGAGCUCUCAAAGUCUUACAACGUUCGCCGAUGACGGAACGUUACUGGAGAUGGGAAAACUCGCCACCUCUGCCCUAGCCGAUAUGUAUGGGACGAAGUACAAGGUGGGAACGGCUGCCCAAAUCCGUCAACCGGCUUCAGGAAUGUCCCACGAUUGGGCAAGAGCUCGCGCUGGAAUUAAAUACUCAUAUCACGUCGAUCUUAGGGAUUCCUUAGGGCCGUACGGUUUUCUACUCCCGGGCUCGCAAAUAGUAUCUACGGCGCGAGAGACAUGGCAGGCUGUGAGAGCAAUUGUAGAUAACUUAACUCCCGAACCUUAAUGAAAAUUGUACUUAUUAAAAACAGAGUUAACAAUAACCCAUAAAAAGCUGCCAACAGCUUCCGAUAUAUUUCGAAAAACAAUAUUUUUUACUAUUUUACCUUAGUACAAUAAAAUGUAGGUGCCUACUAUGUGUAGUUAUGUACCUAUCAGAAAAAAUACAUAUAAUAUAAUUGGUGAUACGUGAAAGUGUAAAUAAUAUUUUUGGAGGAUUACGAUUAACUGAUAUUUUAAACUCGUAUUAUUUAAGCCGCUAGUCGGUUUUUAAAUGUUUUUAAUUCUAAUGUGCAAAUAAAAGGUGCAAAAAAGUGAAAGUGAAAGUUGAACAAAAAUUUUGUUAGAAUAAAAUAUAUUUUAUUUUAUUUAUUAUUUGAUUUCUAUUAGGAUAUUUUCUUACAUAUUAAGUUAUAUGUGGCAUGCACGUAAAUGUUAUCAAUGUGUAGUAGAGAAAUAAAAAUCGUAGUUUAAA